GGAAGUCAGCGAGUUCCCGGGUGUGUGUCUGUGUCUGGAAGGCACGCGCGGCCCGGGACGAGCGCUGGCGAGUCCCAUCUGAGGCUUCACCACUGUCACUGCCACCAUCCCACGGAGUCACUUCUAGAGAGGAGUAGACCCGGCCCUUCGCCGGGCAGAGAAGAUGUUGCCCCUGUCCAUCAAGGAUGAUGAAUACAAACCACCCAAGUUCAAUCUGUUCGGCAAGAUUUCGGGCUGGUUUAGGUCUAUCCUGUCGGACAAGACGUCCCGGAACCUGUUUUUCUUCCUGUGCCUGAAUCUCUCUUUCGCCUUUGUGGAACUACUCUACGGCAUCUGGAGCAACUGUUUAGGCUUGAUUUCCGACUCUUUCCACAUGUUUUUCGAUAGCACUGCCAUUUUGGCUGGAUUGGCAGCUUCUGUUAUCUCAAAAUGGAGAGAUAAUGAUGCUUUCUCUUAUGGGUAUGUUAGAGCGGAAGUUCUGGCUGGCUUUGUUAAUGGCCUAUUUUUGAUCUUCACUGCUUUUUUUAUUUUCUCAGAAGGAGUUGAGAGAGCACUAGCCCCCCCAGAUGUACACCAUGAGAGACUGCUACUUGUUUCAAUACUUGGGUUUGUGGUAAACCUAAUAGGAAUAUUUGUUUUCAAGCAUGGAGGUCAUGGACAUUCUCAUGGCUCUGGUCACGGACACAGUCAUUCCCUCUUUAAUGGUGCUCUGGAUCUGUCACAUAGCCAUGGAGAUCAUUGCCACAGUCAUGAAAUGAAACAUAGCACUGGACAUAGCCAUGAUCAUGCUCAUGGACAUGGACACUUUCACGCUCAUGAUGGUACCUCCUUAAAAGAAACAACAGGACCCAGCAGACAGAUUUUACAAGGUGUAUUUUUACACAUUCUAGCAGAUACACUUGGGAGUAUCGGUGUAAUUGCAUCUGCCAUAAUGAUGCAAAAUUUUGGUCUGAUGAUAGCAGAUCCUAUCUGUUCAAUUCUUAUAGCCAUGCUUAUAGUUAUAAGUGUUAUUCCUCUUUUAAGAGAGUCUGUUGGAAUAUUAAUGCAGAGAACUCCACCUCUGUUGGAAAAUACUUUGCCACAAUGCUAUCAGAGGGUGCAGCAGUUGCAAGGAGUUUACAAUUUACAAGACCAGCACUUCUGGACUUUAUGUUCUGACGUUUAUGUUGGGACCUUGAAAUUAGUAGUAGCACCUGAUGCUGAUGCAAGGUGGAUUUUAAGCCAAACACAUAAUAUUUUUACUCAGGCUGGAGUGAGACAGCUUUAUGUACAGAUUGACUUUGCAGCCAUGUAGGCAAUGAAAAGAAAUUAUGCUUUUUUGGACCAAAUUUUUCUGGUACUGUACAAUCCAAAACAUUGUACCCAGCUUUUUAAACUAGAGAAAUCAAUCAUCACUACAACUCCCUAGCACCAAGUAGACCAGGUAGAGUCAGCCAUCUGUACUCUGCCAGGAGUACAGAGCAAACGGAUCAGAAUUAAAAGGAUAUCUCCUGGACUUUUGGUCUUGUCUUUUUGUGUUCUUCCCUUCAAAACAUUUUGAUUUCAUCAGUUUCUGGUUUUGUUCUGGGGUGUGGGUUUUGUUUCUUUUUUUCAUCCUGUACCUCACCCCUCACUCCUUAUCCCCAGCCAGUAGGAGAUUCAUUCAGACUGUGGGCCUCCAGUCUUCUGGAAUGUCUUCACUGAAGCUGCUGGAAACCGCUGUUUUCAUUCCCACAAAACCAGUGUUAUUAAAAAAAAAAAAAGAAAUGGAAAUUGGUUUUACAUGUAAUUUUACAAUUGUUGGUGUCCUUCAGUAUAACCAUAUGUUUGUAAAAUUGUUUGUACUUUGCAAACUUAUGAACCAAACCAUAUUGGGUUUUCGAAGUGCCUUUGUAUCAGAAAAUGUAUUUGCCAGCAUAGAAAUGUAUCAUCAAAGGUCAUGUAUGUGUCUUUUUAAAAAUGAAUAUUCUGUAAUCUGUACAAAAUAAGAUUCUUGCUAGUGAUGUAUACAAAUUUUCUUUUUGUAUUACAGCAUAGGCUUAGAUAUAUAAAAAUUUUCCUUGUAUUGUUUUAUCUCAUCAGAAAAAAAAGGUGUUAUUUUACUUUUAAAACAAAUUCAGCUAUCACAUUAAAUUACUUCAUGGACUGUAUUUUCAAAACUUUGCACAUGCAUCUGUUAUGCAGGUUGUUUUGACUGAAAUAUCUACUAAAUUCCAAAUUUCUAAAAACGCUACAAUGCCUAUGAUAAAACUUUCCCAUAUCUCUUUGCCAUUCUUAUGAAUUUUAUUAAUGAAAGGAAUAGGCAUUGCAGACUGAAGGCAAAAAUGGUUGUGACAAUGUUAUUUUGCUUUCUCAUUCUUCAAAUACCAAGUCAUACAAGUUUGUUUCCCUGUGCAAGCUUUGCACAAAUAUAAUUGCUUUUAGGAAUCCUAAAGCAGCGAUUUACUGAGUUUGAACUAGUUCAGGUAUGGAGCAAGUGUGGUGAUGUAGAACUCUUCCUAACACAGGUAUCUUAGAUACUAAAUAAGUUGAUUUUCUAGGUCCUUGUGUAUUUGAAAAAUAAAAUCGCAAUUUGAGAUGACAAGUGCUUGAACACUCUAUCAUUUUGUGCUUUAUGAAGAAAUAUGAUUUGGAUAAACAUAUUUCCCAUUGUACUUCAUUUUAUCACAGUCUCAUUUAACUUUAAAAAAUUGAAAUUGUUGAAAAAUGCCUAAAGGAUAGAAAUGAUUGUUUAGGAUGUAGAUGAAUAAUAAGCACUUUUCUACUAAUGUGACAGAAAUAGCUGUUGAUUUUGCCUAAGUUUUAGAGUAUCUUUUUUGACUCUUUGUGAUGUACAAUUUAUAAACUCUUACAUAUUAGGAAAACUACCACUUUCUUUAUGCUUUUCCAAACUGUUGCAGAUUACCAUGAAUUGUGGAUAGUCUCCUUUUUUGUAAUUUAAGUAGUAUUUUCAAAACAUUUUUGCUUACUGCCAGGCAGUUCUGAAGUUAAAAAUUUCUGAAGUCGUGUGUAUUUAACUGAAUCAAUUGUUGAGAUCUUUUGGGAGGGAAAGUACAAAAGGAAAAGUCCUGAUAAUGGUACUGCUUUUUCAUUACAAGUUUAAAUAGUCAGUUGGAAGUUUGCAACCACUAUACCAACCAAGUCUUAGGGAACUCUGGAAUAUUCUGUGGGUUUUGGCAUAUUAUAGAAAAUGACCGAUCUAGAUGGAGGCAGAUAUUUUGGAUAUGUGCCUUUAAAAACUAAUUAUGCAUAAUUUUAUUGAUAUGUCACAUAUGGAUGUAAUAUUUCCCCUGGCCUGUAAAAUUUACCAGUGGGUUUUGGAGAUCAAUUCUGCCUUUCACUAGGCCCUCCAUUCAAAAUUGUCAAAAUUGUAUCACUUUAACUGUACUUUCAGUACACAAAUGCGUUAUUCCACCUUUGACAAGGCAUAGAGCGUAUAGAGUAUUAAACUGAUGUGAGAUUCUGAUGUUGUGUUUUAUUUAUUUUUUUUUUUACAAGAGAUUGCCAGCUCACAUCAUAUCAUUUAGCAGGCUGGCAUUAACAUUUAAACUUCGUAAAUGCCAGUAUAUCUCCGUUUGCAGCAGUAAAAAAAAAAAAAAAGGUAUGAGAAAAAGCCACCUUUUUCUCUUAACGGUGUGUUUGGCCCAGAUGUGUUAUUAAAGCAGACAAUUUCAUUGAGAAAUAUGCCUAAUUAUUGUUAUAAAUUUAGAAUGGCCCUAUGUUGGGCUAACUCUUGGGAAAAAAAAAAAUCUGAGUGUAACUUUGCUAAUAUUUUAAAAACCGAAAUAUCAAAAUACUUUUUGAAGAUUAAAUUUGUAUCACUCAGACAGUUUACCUUGCCAGGUAAGCUUCCCCAAACAGAAAUAUAUCUAUGCUAGUUUUGUUUUAUUAAAUCUAGAUUAUUUUAAUCAAGAUUAAGGACUUAACAUAUGCACAAACUUCCUCAUUUUGCUAACCCCUAGUGCGUCUUUUUGAAGGACAGUAUGUUGUUUAUCUGUAGCUCAGAGUUCCUCAUGCUGUCAUCCCCAUGCUGUCUGCUGCAACAGAGGUAUAAGGAAAUGGUAGCAGAUGUUAUUGGCAUUGUGAUUUCCCUUGUAUUUGGAUUGUUUUAGCAUUCCUCAAAGUCUAUACAUACUGUACCAGUAGCCAAAGUACUGUGACUUUCGUGCUGCUAGAAAACCAUCUUUAUGAAGUAGCCAAAUCAUUGAGUCAUGCAGUUGAUCAGAAUUCUAGCUAAUGUUUUUACCUACUGUAUAGUAUUCUGUUAUGUAGUACUGGCAUUUAAGAAUAACAGUAUUUCAUUGCUUAAUAUAAAAUUUUCAUCUACAAGGGUGGUCAGGACUAUUCUUAAAAGCAGUCUAGUUCUACCUCUCAUUUUACAGAUGAGAAAAUUGAAGCCCAGAAAAGUUGACAUUUACUCAAGGUCAGAAAUAAUUAGUGGCAAAGCCAAAACUAGAAUUCAGGUCUUCUGACUCCAAGUCUAGAGUUCUUUCUACUCUAUUGUGCUGCCUCUCCACCAUAAUGUUUGCCUUUCUGUAAAUGUGAUAAAAAAUCAUUUGUAAAUAAAGGAUAUCCGACUUCUGUUUUGGGUACAUUAAGGCACUUUAUAAUGGCAUUUUUAGUCUCAUUUUUUAAAUUUAAUUAUAAGGUUUAGAAUUUUAUUUCCUUACAAUGCUUAAUGGAAGAUAUAAUUCAUCUUUUUUUACUUUUUUACUUUUUUAACUCUUGUGAAACCAGUUCCUCAUUUAAAAAAAAAAAAAAAAGACAUCUGUAUUUUGAAUACUUUUAACUUGUGAGUGAAUUUUUCUGUUACUUGUCCAAGGCUAAAUCCAAUAUGAUUGCUUAGUUUCUUUAUUUAGUUUCUGUUCUUUGAACUGGUAGCUUUUAGAAGCCAGGCUAAUUCACAGAUCAUUAUCAUUUCAGUCUUGCUACUUUAGUUUUCAGUCAUGGGGAGCUUCUGCAUUUUUAAGAUUAUUCUUAACACAAUGCAAAAUUGGGCAUUAAAUAUUGUAUACAACAAAACACAUUUUUUAAUUCAAAAUAGUAAAAAUGUAAGUCUGUCCUAAUCCUAAUUGCUAAAUUGCUACUUUGAAAUCUUUAUCAAAGCAUUACCUUAGGAAAGUUUAACUUUUUUCUUUUGUCCCCAUCUUUAAAACGUUACUUUCCAGUUCACAGGAACUUUGGUAAAAAAAGAAAAUAUUUUAUUCUUUGAAAAACACUGAAAAACAUUCAUUAAAAGCUUUAUCAAUGGAAGAAGAUUGACUUGAUUCCCUGGAAAACCUUAGUGAUUCAGGUCUUUACCACAGAAUUCAGACACACUCAAAUACAAUGAAAAAUUAUGUGUCAAAAAAAUAUCCGCAGAAAAGGAGAUCGAGUAUAGUUCUAUUUAAAGGUCAAAUGGAUGUGAGUCUUUUUGAUGAGGGCACCUUUAGUUUAAGUUUAACUGUUUCCUAAUUGCACAAUAUACCAAAAGAAAGGGUGGGAAAUAACCUGUAUUAAGCAUUUAUGUGCCAGGCCCUUUGCGUGGCCUUUCUUAUGCAAUCACAUUUAUUCCUUACGGCUUUUCUAUAAAGAAAGAAAUUUGACUAAUAUUUGCAUGACUAUAUGAUUGACAGUGCAUUUUCAAAUAUAUUUUCUCAUCUAAUUCUUAUAACAUCCUUGUGAAGAAGGUAUUAAUCCUAUUUUACAGGUGAGAAAGCUGUUGCUAGAGAAUUUAAAUUACUUGCCUGAGUGAUAGCCAAUGGUAUGGUACUGGUUCUAAAUCCAGUACUUUAUUCUGCCAAGUUACUCUGUUUUAUGUCAGUCAACAAUGUUUUAAAGCUUCCAGAAGUUUUAGCAGAUUGAAACACUCCUAUAAAGUAAGUUAAUCACCCUGACAGAAUUGAUACGGGGAAAAGUGUAUUAUUUAGACUCGUUCCUUCCAUAGGUGUCCUCUUAAUCUUAUGUCCUUUCUUUGCAAUGGAUCUUAAAUUGUUCUAAAAAGAGCAAUCAGAGCUCCUUUCAUAAAGCACUUUCAAGACUUUUUCAAAAAGAAGUAGAUAGUUUUAAUGACAUUCACAGAGUAAGCUGCUUAAAGGAAUUGAUUAUCAAAAGAUAGAGCCCUCUGUACCAGUAUGCGUUGAGAACCCGAACUCCUGGCCAAGAGACCUUAACUUCAUUUAUUAGGGAUUGCCUUCCAGGAAGUACAAAAAAUUUGAGCUGCAGCAGAGGGAUAGGUAGGAUUUGAUAUAUUUUAUAUGUACCUUUUCAAAACAAAGAAAUACGUUUCAUAAAUAGUAAUAAUCUAUACUUGAAUUUAAUAUUCAACUUUGAACUCUUCCCAUGGCUUUGAAAAUGAUCAUGAUGUUGGAAAGCUUGUUAGAAGACUGUCUUUGUCUCAUACAUCCUUUUAGUCCCAAACUUAGCACAGUAUUUACACUUAAUGUGCAAAAAAAAAAAAAAAAAAAAAAAAAAAAAAAAAAAAAA